AUGGAAGGCUUUAUUACUACUAUUGAAGAUGAUUUUGAAGCUCCCUCGGAGGACAUAAUCGUUAGCGAUUUGAAAACCCGGAAAAAGUCCUCUAAGAACAAAGGCUCAUUUGAAAAUAAUGAUCUUAUAAAUCCAGAUUUUAGUUUUUAUAUUGAUGGUAUUAGUUCAUAUAUUGAUUUUGGUAAUGGUUGGGAUUUUAAAGCUGCAAAGGCAGGGUUAAAAGAUAAAAGUACUAUUUCUUCAAAGACGCUUGAUGAAAUAAUUGAAAAUAAACGUAAAGAUAUAGAAAGAAAUAAAUUAUCAAAUUUAGAUGAAAUAUUAAUUAAUGGAUCGAUCGUGAAUAAAAAAAUAGAGAGUAAACCGAUUAAAGAUUUAAAUGAAAUAAAUAAAGAUAAUGAAGUCAAAAUCAUCAAUAAUAAUGUGACAAAUAGAAAAGAUAACGAUUUUAAUAAAGAGGAUGAAUCUUCGGGAAAUGAAAAUGAUCAAAUUUCUAUUGAUUCUAACGAUGAAGAUCUCGAUUUUGAUGGUUUUGGUGCUGGUGCUCGGGAAUAUAUAAAUGAAGAAGAAAAUAAUUCAGAUAAUUCAGAUAAUUCUUGGAAAAUAAUCAAAAGUGAAUCAUUUCAAAUGAUGAAUCUUUCACGACCUAUUCUUAAAGGCCUUAGCAAAUUAGGAUAUAUUCAACCAACUCCUAUCCAAAUGCAAACAAUUCCUGUUUCCCUUACAGGUAAAGAUAUUUGUGGAGGAGCUAUAACAGGUUCAGGAAAAACUGUUGCUUUUCUGGUUCCUAUUAUGGAACGUUUAUUAUACAGACCAAAACAAAAUCCCACUGUGAGAGUUUUAAUUCUUGCACCAACACGUGAAUUGGCCAUUCAAUGUCACAAUGUUUCAACUAAAUUGGCCUGCUUUACUGAUAUAGUAAUUAGUCUGUGUGUUGGUGGUUUAAGUCUCAAAAAACAAGAAGUUGAACUUCGUACACGACCUGACAUUGUUAUUGCUACUCCGGGGAGAUUGAUUGAUCACAUACGCAAUUCACCUUCUUUUACCUUGGAUAAAAUUGAGAUUUUGAUUAUUGAUGAAGCUGAUAGAAUGCUAGAAGAUGGAUUUGCAGAUGAAUUAAACGAAAUUGUUAAAAACUGUCCCAAAUCAAGGCAAACGAUGUUAUUUUCUGCUACUAUGACUGAUAAUAUUGAUGAAUUAAUUCGACUCUCUUUAAAUCGCCCUAUAAGACUAAUGGUUGAUCCCGCGAAGACAACGUCGACACAACUUACACAAGAAUUUGUUCGAGUAAGGGAAAAUCGUGAAGAUGAUCGAGCAGCAAUAUUACUUGUAUUAUGCAAACAAAUAUUUCAUCACCGUAUCAUAAUAUUUUUCCGAAGUAAAGCGAUAGCUCAUGAAAUGAAAAUUAUUUUUGGAUUAUUUGGAUUAAAGGCUGCUGAAUUACAUGGAAAUUUGUCACAGGAACAACGUUUGGAAGCUCUGGAAACAUUCAAAGAUGGAGAAGUGGAUUUUCUUUUGGCUACAGAUUUGGCAUCACGUGGCCUUGACAUAAAGGGAAUUGAGACUGUUAUCAAUUAUAAUAUGCCACAAAGUUAUGAACAUUAUAUACAUCGAGUUGGUCGAACAGCACGUGCGGGACUGACGUUAACUGGAGAAGCAGACCGUAAAAUUUUAAAAUCAGUUAUGAAACAUACACCUCAAGAUCAAGCUAAACGUCGUACAAUUGAUCCUAAUAUGUUAAUAGAAUUUCGUGAUAAACUCGAUAAAUUAAAGGAUCAAAUAAAAGAAAUAUUGCAAGAAGAAAAAGAAGAAAAGGCCAUAAGACAAGCUGAAAUGGAAUUACAAAAAAAUCAAAAUCUUCUAACACAUGAAAAAGAAAUUUAUAAUAGGCCAGCAAGAACAUGGUUUCAAUCUGAACAAAAGAAAAAGCAAUCAAGGAAUAUAGCAACAGAAAAAUACAACGAUAAAUUCGAGAGUCCAGAGUUGAUAAAGAAGAGGAAACGAGAAAGGGAGGAUUUAGAAGAAUCAACAAAAUUGAAACAAAAACGCAAUAAAUAUGCUGGUAUGUCAAGGAAAAAAAGACGAAGUAUUCAAAUGAAAGAUGAUUCAACGAACAAAUCUGAAACUAUGAAAGUUAUAAAGUCAGCAAAGAAAGCACAGAGACCUAAAAAAAUCUUAAAAGUAUCAAAAGAAUCUUCUAAGGGGUUACCAAAAAAAGUUAAUAGUAAUAGUAAUAGGAAAUUGGUUGGGAAUAAAAUUUUCGAAAUGGAUAUGACUGGCUCUUCUAAAAAGAAAUCAUUCUCUAUUACCAAAAAAUCAAAAAAAAGAAAGUGA